CUGAGACACCUCAACUUAUUUCCGUUAUCUUACCGUAGAUUACGGAAUGAUCUAAUAUUGGCUUGUCGUAUACUGAACGAUGACCUUGGUAUUAAUGUCUUAUCUUUUACUUCCGUCUAGGACUGAUCAUUUGAGAGGACACUCGAAGGAAGUUUAAAAACCGAGAUCAAAUCGUCUACUUCCGGAGUUUUGUUUCUCGCACUGAGUAGUGAAUUACUGGAAUUACCUACCAGAACAUAUCCCAUUACCUACUGUUGAUAUAUUCAAAACCAGAUUAAACCUCCACAGUGUUACAAACUGCAAGGAAUAAUAUAGGUCGAUGGACAUCCUAUCCUUCUUAGUGAGGACUGAAGUUGUAUAUACUUCUUUCCCCAGCGGGUUGUGUCGAAAAUUUGGCACACACUGCUUGAGUAGUUAAUGUCAUUCAUCCCCUAAACUAGAGGGUCUAGUGAAGGUCUGUUUUGUUCAUUCUUUUUUACUUACAUUCUGAAUCUCAAUCCUAAGUUUCUUAAGUUUGCAAUGCAUUGUGUCAUAGCUGACAUUGAUUUGUGCUAUAAACCCUGACCCGAAUUCAUAAAAUCUACUGAAAUCUCCAGUUAAACUCUUAACUCCGACGUUUUUUGCAGUUCAAAUGAUAUCAGUUGGUGACAAAAACUCUGGUUUGAUAACGCUGUGGGGUUAUAGCUCACAAUACUAUUUCGAAUUAUGAUAUAUAUCCUUCAUUGAGGGUAUCAUUUGGGUUGUGUGUUAAUUACCGUGGUCAAUGCUGUUAUAUUCUUUGUGUUGUUAAUUGUUUUAUAACUAGGCAGAAUUUCCUGAUUGACUGACAAGUCGUCCAAGGUCGUCAGUUUAUUAACUUUUACUCACUAAUCUAUGUCAAGAAAAGUCGACUUUCGCUCAUGCAUUAAGCUAAAUGGUAUGUGGAUAGAAUUAUACUCAACGUUCUGAUAUUGUAUUUGUCAAGUUCUUACAACUUUUAAGUGAAUUAUAUGCAAUUGAACUAUAAUUUAAUGCAUGAUUAUUGAAAAUUUUAUCCUUACAAACUUAAGUGUAAAAUAGGUUCCUUUGGUCAUUAUACAGGUAAAUUAUCCUUAGUUUUUGAAUGAUUCUACUCUAUGAUUUUCUUUAUUUCUUUAGGUCCUGCGAAUAUUAUGACACUUAGCAGUGUAGCUGAGAAUCUUUUCCAACAUUUUAACAUUGAUACCAAACAGUGGUCAUACUCACGCAUAACUGUCGCGUUAUUAGCUCAUGAAUCUUUUGGGAUUGGUUUAGCUGUGGGUUUCUGGAUAAUAUGCUAUAAAAAGCAACCAAUUAGGUAUCUCACGUCAUAUGCCCCCGUUGUCAUACAAAAUAUUUAUUCAAAAGGAUUGAAUUGGUCAGCAAGAAAACUCCGUCAGUUACCUUUGUUCGUUUCUUCACAGGCAGAUCCUAAUCGGAUUCUCAUUAGUGGAGCAGAGAGUUACGUACUUCGUAAAAUAUUGUCACCCCUUACUAUUCCUGGGAAGAUAUACCUGGCUGUUUUAGUUUCCGGUAUUGUCUGUUGAAAACUGGAAGCAGUCUACGUUUUUGUACAAAGUCAUCAUUUCAUAAAAAUACAUAUGCCGUUAUCUAUUUAUUUGUGUCACGUAUUCACUAAAUAACACUUCUUGAAGUAAAUGCUGAUAAUUUUUAUAAAAGUAAUUUUGC